AUGUCCAUUUCUGGAACUCUAAGCAACUACUAUGUCGACUCCAUCAUAAGUCAUGAGAGCGAGGAUCCGAACGCUGCCCGGUUCUCCAAUGUGCAGUACUCCAACUCUAGGCAGCCGGGACCUGGCGAGCAUCCUGAAUACCCCUCUUGUAGCUUCCAGCCCAAACCUCCUGUGUUCAGCUCGUCCUGGAGCCCGUUUAGUUCCCAUGCAUCCAACGGUUUAUCGGCGGUUUACCAUCCCUACAUCCCGACCCAGCCUGUGCCUUCCACGGACACCCGAUAUCUUCGCACUUGGUUGGACUGCACACCGAGAGCUGAGUCAAUCCCCGGCCAGGGACAGGUCAAGAUGGAGCCGUUGCUGGGACACCUCGGGGAACCUCCAAAACUCGGGGGGCAACACGAGUAUAUUUUGGAGUCCUCCUCAGCACGGGAGAUGAAUUCCAGCCAGGGCACCGGGUUCGACGACAAUAAGGACAUUUGCGAAGGUAGCGAGGACAAAGAGGGGCCAGAUCAAAACGACCCGUCAGCCAACUGGUUGCACGCUCGUUCGUCCCGGAAGAAGCGAUGCCCUUACACGAAAUACCAAACCCUGGAGCUCGAAAAAGAGUUCCUCUUCAACAUGUACCUCACGCGGGACCGGCGCCACGAGGUUGCGCGCUUGCUGAACUUGACGGAGCGACAAGUCAAAAUAUGGUUCCAAAACCGACGGAUGAAAAUGAAGAAAAUGAAUAAGGACCAACUUAAGGAGUAA